AUGCAGAAGUCUGCCUUCCAUAGAGCGCAGACUUUAUCCUAUAAGAAUGGUUAUGCGCUCCCCAUCCGGCCCAAAGUGGGGAUCGGAGACCAACCUUUAUCCUCAGAAAACCUCCAAAAUGAGAUGAACCAGCUUGCCAUUGACGCACUCAUCACCUCACCGGACACGUCCACACACACUCCUCCAAGCAACUUCAUCCCAGCCCAUGUCGUCUACGAAAAGAAGGUUCUGCGUUUCUACGGCUACAUCCAGGAGGAGGUGAUGGACUCACCGGCGGAGUGCUGGCGUGUGCGUCCCAUCAUGUUUUAUUACUACCUGAAGGACGAUACCAUGUGCGCGAUGGAGCCGAGGGUGGAAAACUCGGGAAUGCCGCAGGGAAUGCUGCUCAAACGCCAGCGGCUGCCCAAGAAUGGGCAUGGAGAAUACUACCACUGGAAGGACCUGAACGUUGCUAUGGACCUGUGUGUGUACGGCACCGUGUACAGAAUCACACACUGCGAUGCCUUCACCCAGGACUUCCUGGAGAGUCAGGGGAUAGCCCUGAAUGACCCUGAACUGACCCCCAGUGACCCCUACACGACCAGGCGAGCUCAGCCUGAACACAAUUUCGUUACACCAUCAGAAUAUGACUGCCUCAAACAGUUCCUCACUCUGGACCGCAAGGUGCUGCGUUUCUUUGCUCUGCUGGAUGACUCAGACUCUCUGUAUGGUGGGAAGAGGCCUGUAAUCAUACAGUAUUAUCUGGUGGAUGAUUCAGUGGAGAUCCGUGAGGUCCAGGAGCCCAAUAGUGGUAGAGACACGUUUCCCCUGCUGCUGCGGAGACAGAGGAUUCAUAAAGACUUCAAACCAGCCUCCCAGCCAUUCCCUAGCUGUAUUUUCGAAGUGACUCCACAUGAAGUUGCUGAGUAUUACUCUCCAAAGGACUUCCGGGUUGGGGAGAAGCUGAGGCUCAUGGGAAACCUCUUUGUGCUGUAUGAUUGUGAUGAGUUCACCCGAAAGUACUACGAGCAGCAUCACCCUGACAUCACACUCAAGCCCCACCCAAUGGAGAAAAUGUAUGAGCAAGACUGCAAGAGGGUGAUCCCACCAUACAAUGGCUUUGGGUCUCUUGAGGACUCUCUCCAAAACUGUCUGACACUGAUUCCUCAGCCGCCCAAAAAAGAUCUGAUAAAACUGCUGGAAAACAACCUCAAAGUGCUGCGCUACGUUGCCAGGCUGGACUCCCAGAAUCCUCAGGACAAGAGCCGUCACUUCAUCCUCCACUACUACCUGUCUAAUGACACGAUCAGCAUUCAUGAGAAGCCCACGCGCAACUCGGGCAUCAUCGGAGGAAAAUUCCUAGCAAAGACGCGCAUUCCCAAACCGGGAAGCACAGUGGAAAACCCUCAGUACUACAGACCAGCUGAUUUUGCUAUAGGAGCCACGGUGGAGGUGUUUGGACGGCGGUUCAUUCUGACAGACGCUGAUCAGUACGUACUGGAUCACCUCGAAUCGGUGGCAGAACAGGAGCGAAUCCCAGAGCAGACCCUCUCCUCACUCCGCCAAGCUCUGGGGAAGAACCUGAAUACACCCUCAGAUACAGAGCUUACACACUCACCCUGAAGACUGCAGCUACAGCACGGACA